AUGCUCUCGGACUAUGAUAGACAUGUUAUGAAAACCCUCAUGCCUGGAGUUGUGAUCCUGUCUCCUGCAGCAGAGCCGUUGGCGACACCUCUCUUCUACCUGCUUAGGGCGAAGCGGCCUUUUCUCUUUGGCAAGGUGGAGGCCCCGCAACCCCCAGCAGAGGGGAGCCCUGAACAUAUGAGCACCGAGGCAAGCAAACAACUGCUGGAGGAGAUCCAGGAGGCAGAAAAAGCGUUCAAGGAAAGGCCAAUCGUACACGAGAGAACGGGAGAGGUUCUAUCCUAG